CGUGCAACCGUUGUAUUGAGUAUUUUCUCCUCAAUGUACCACCAUCCCACUAUAAAUUCAAACCAAUCCACCACACCCUCUCCAUUAAGUUUAAUCAACCGCUCCAAAAUGGCUCUGAAACUUCAGUCCCUUCUCUUUGUGAUCCUUUCUUUUCUGUUUGCCUCCAUUCUCUUUGAUGUCUCCGCUGCUGUGGGUCGUCGGAAAGAGGCUCUUGUUGGCGGUUGGAGUCCGAUAAAAGACCCAAAGGACCCCAAGGUGCAACAAAUCGGUCAAUUUGCGGUGACUGAACACAACAACCAGGCCAAGACCAACUUGACAUUCGAGAGCGUGGUUAGGGGUGAAACCCAAGUCGUCGCCGGGACGAACUACCGACUGGUGCUGACGGCCAAGGACGGAACUGUUUCGAACAAUUAUGAGGCAGUUGUUUGGGAGAAGCCUUGGCAGAAGUUUAGAAAACUUACUUCCUUUAAAUCUCUCUCCUUAAAGUGAGCGAGUUUGUGUGCAGUUAUGAUGUAACUGUCUUUGAUGAUGUUUUUUCUUGCCAAAAUUAAGUAAUAGUAUGAAAAAUGCGUGAAUUUUGAUUUUUUGCCUAUGGUUAUAUGAGUUGGGAAUUUCCCCUAUAGUUAUACAUCAAGCCACAUUAUCAUUUAGUUUUUCUUUUUUUUUUCUUUUUUCAUAUGCAAUAUUGG